AAAAACCCUGAUCGCAAACUUCGACUUUGGAGCUGCAGUAGCAGCAGAAACAUAGAAAAAAUGAAAGGGUGGCACUUCUAUCAUUGCUGUUUCUAUUGCCAGCCUAUAUCCUGCCGUGCAGCGGUAGCCUGGGAGAAUGGUAAGCCUCUUGUUGUAGAGACAGUUGAGGUUAACCCACCCAGCACAGGAGAAGUACGCAUCAAGAUGGUAGCAGCAGGCGUCUGCCACUCAGAUUUGACUUAUUUCAACGGUGGCUAUGUAAAUGCUGUCUUUCCCUGCAUAAUUGGACAUGAAGGAGCCGGAAUUGUGGAGAGCAUUGGCGGGAGAGUAACGUCUGUCAAGCCAGGUAACUAAAUAAAGUUGGCAGUAUUUUCAUAUGGUACUAAUUUCACAGACUUAAUGGACUUCUGCAGUGAUGCCACGCAAAAUUGCAAUGUUUUACUGAUUUUUAUGGAAACAAAAAUAUAUCCUCACAGAUAGAUUAUAUUCAUCAUACUGAAAUUAGUAAGUCUUGUGAAAAACGGGCUUAAAUUUCCAGAAAAAUGAGGAAACAAAUUUACAUAGAAAUGUAUCCCAGAGCAAAGAUAUAAAUUUGGGCAGUAAUAUUUCUAGGAAGAUAAUUUUUUUCUGUGCUCAGAUUAAUUCUUAGCUAUGAGCAGUUUAACACUGACAAGAGAGAAAUGUCACCGUUGACGCUUAAUUCACAAACUAACCCUGAUCUAGUUUUCCAUUCAUUCUCCCCGUGCUUAAAGGUGAUCACGUGGUAGUGUCAUACAUAACCAACUGUGGAGAAUGCACAUACUGCAGGAAUCCUAAGACCAACCUUUGUUGCAGGUAAAGGGAACAAGACCUCGGCUUUGUUUAUACUUGAAUUGGUGCCCUAAUAGGGUGCCCAAAUAGAUUAUCGACUGAGCACUUUAGGUGUUAACACACCCUUUGUUCAAGUGUUCACGCCACAGAGAAAAUUCCCCAGCGCGGGAAAGGCAACAGGUUCCCUUGGGCACGCCUCGGUGUAGGAUUUUCAGGAGCAGGUCUAGAUCGCGUGAAAUUCGGAUUUAAUCGAUUUCAAAGUUUUUUGUUUUUUGUUGUCAUAGUGAUAUCGAUUUUACUAAAAACUGCAUUUUGACAAACUUCAAUUCAUAGUUAAUCACUGGUGAAAAUUUUGUAGCGAUCAGACAAGAAUAAAAUUACGUUUAAGGUGAUUGAAAAACGUCAGUAUGGUCUGCGAAAAUCUGUAUCGAAAAACCUUAAACCGCAAGGAGACCAAACUGCAUGGCCGUGACCCAGGCUUGACUUGAUUGCGAAAGGGGACCAUACUUGUCGAGAUAAUCAAAUAAAAGCUUUUCUGCAGUGGUAAUAAUAUGUUUAGAUAGUUCCUUGUUUGUGCAAACCCUAAGCUAUACCUGGAUACCGAUUUUCCAUCAUGAACUCCCUUCGCGACACCAGAAUCUGUAGUGUUCACUAGAGACGAACGACAUCCCGUCCCUUUCAAAAGGGAUUUCCCCCACACCUCGUAGUUUCCUCUAGUAGAUGGUUAUCGGAUGUGGAUGUUUUUGACCCACAGACCAUCGCUUCGCAUAACCUUAACUUCCUGCUACGUUUCCACCUUAAAAUGGCUUCGCUGUCUGUUUGAGAUCAUCUUCGCCACGCCUUUGACACGACUCAAAGGUGAUUAAAGGCAGCGUUUUGUACUUCAUCCCUCCAUUUCCGGACUUUUGUUUAUAUCAGUGCAGUCAAUGCGUAUCGUCACUGUAUAGUAAGAGUCAAGCGUAUAGUAGGACCGUACAUAAUGGUAAAUGGAUAUUUGGUCAAGAGAUGUCAGUAGAUUACUUUUACAUUCGCUCCUUCUUGACAGAAUGGACGAACUUGAAACAGGAGUAAUGUUAGAUGGCACAACACGACUAAAAUGCAAAGGAAGACAACUGUAUCAUUAUUAUGGUGUCAGCACAUUCGGUGAAUACAGUGUUGUUCCUGAAAUAGGUGUUAUAAAGGUGAAGUAGUUCAUACUUUUUUUGUAGCAUUAUUAGAAACUUCAAAACUGCAUAGUAUUUAAAACUGUCAUGCCGAAUUUAAGGACAAUCUAAGUUACAAGGCUUGAUGGACACUGGUCAGAGGCCAGGCUUUGAACAGUUUGAAUGCACCUGGUCAGCUCAAGCAUCAAUUACUUAGGCUCCGUUUAUAUGGAGAAAAGUCGUCCCGGGAAAGAAGAUCACCCUCACAGCAAAUUCAUCUUAAGCGAGGGUCUUUUUGAGAAAAAAGUUGACUCCUUUGUCUGAGCUAAGGGCGCUCGCGCAUGCUCUGAUUGUAAUGCCUUGGCCAAGUUGACCCUUCUAGCCCGAGGCAGCCUUUUUCGUCAUGUGAACGGUUCGGCACGUCUUGUAAGGAAAUGAAAGAGAAGUUGGCUCCUCCAGGCUAGCUUGUGUAGGCAAGUGACCCUUCAGCCGGGACAACUUUUCUCCGUAUAAAUGGGACCUUAGCCAUGUGGCGCGCACACUGUCACUUCAGCUGGUAACAGCCAAUCACAUAUUAUUCGCUGUAAAAAAAACAAAACAAAACAAAAAAAAAAACAAAACACGUGUCUGACUAUGAGUGUCCAUUUCACAGAGGAAGGGAUUUUACUUUGGUAUUUUGGACUAGAAAAUAGAACGGUUUUCGCGGGUAGAAUUAAAGUUAUAUUAAUUUCUUUUCUUUUUUUUUUAAUAGAUUGCUGAAAGUAUGCCGCUAGACAGGGCAUGCCUCAUUGGUUGCUGUGUGUCGACUGGAUACGGUGCAACACUCAAUACAGCUAAGGUAACGAAAUAUGGCUGAUAGAUAGCACAUUUGCCGGGGGGCACUUUUUUAGAGACUUUAUCAACAACUACCUGUCCGCUUAUUCAGAAUCCUUCCUAUUCUGGAGAAUAACCAGAAAAGGCACAAUCACACCCGAAGCCCAUAAGCCGGAGCCGAGCAACUUCCAUGCGCUCGUGUCACGGCGUUUUGACGGACUAGUUUAUUUUUUUGGCGCGAAUUUUGAUAGCCUGUGUACAGACGUCCACCCGUCCCUCAGAAAAAAUCGGGAGAAGAGACUCUUCUCCCGAUUUUUUUUCUGAGGGAGGGGGGACGUCUGUACACAGGCUGGAAUUUUGAAUAUCUUUUAAAUUCUAAAAACCAGUCUGCAAAACCUACAGACCUAAAAAUAAUAUUUUUUGUCUUAUAAUAACGUUCAGUUUUCCUUUUUGAUAUCUUAUACUUCGAAUGCUCUCAUAGACAUGGUGCAAAUUCUAUUUUCGCGUGAAAAAGUGCCCUCAAAUGUGUCUAAAAAUAAACUGGCCCGUAUAAACGGCGUGACAUAGGUCUAGUAUAAGAGUUGCUCGCUCCCGAUAAUGGGCUCCUGAUCACACUCUUAUUUGGCCUAAAUGGGUAGGUGUCGCUGAACAGGGUAUGGUUUUCAGAGUCUUGAGUCUCAAACAGGGUAUAUAAUUCCACUUUUUAGCGUCUUAAAGAUGGUGUCUUUGUGGAUCGGAAGCCUUUAAAAGAGUGUGAAGGUUGGCGAUAAAUAGUCUACAUUUGUGGUACCAACAAUUUUUUUCCCAAAAAAUCUAAUUCUAUGAUCCGGGGUAACCAAUUUAAUUCUAGAUGCGAAACAAAUGAAUCAGGGUCAUUCAACGAGCUCUCUCUUUUUUUAAAUAAGGGAGCAAAAUGAACGAUUUUUGUCUUGAACAGACAAGUCUUGGGUUUGAAGGCCUCGGUAGCACACUUCUGCUCAAACUUCCCUGGAGUUCCCCCACCCCACCCCCUUCCCUGACUGGAAACCCUCCUUUGAAUUUCUCUUUGUAUAACGACUUGCUUACGGACACCUAUCUUUAUUCUACGACUUUCUCUGUUUUUCUUUACUAAGUUUGAAAAUAAAAAUUAAUGACACGUGCUCUCUUUUUAGGUAGAGGCUGGGUCCAAGGUGGCCGUGUGGGGUCUGGGAGGAGUCGGAUUGUCUGUGGUAAUGGGAUGUAAGGCUGCUGGGGCUGCAAGGAUCAUUGGGAUUGAUAUUAAAGCUGAAAAAUUCGAUAUAGGUAGGCAUUAGUUUAAACUUUAUCUGUUUACAGUAGAAUUAAGGGUUAUCUUCAUAAAAAGCUCUCUUUACUUUUGUACACGUGCUUGUGCGAGUACAUCCAACAGGAGUAGGAGCCCGUAACUCAGAGCAAGCAAACCCCAUAGUAUAAGUAACAGCGUUUUCACAUCAUUUUAAUCUCUUUUUCUCGCGGAAGCACCGUUCCAUAUGCGUGCGCAUCCAAGAUAGUACGAUAACAAAAAGAAGAAAUAAAUGCUAUCAAAACAUGAGAUAUACAUUUAUUUUGUUAGUUUCCAGUUUUUGUUGACUGAUUUGUAAGACUUAUUUCAUAUUCAAAAUUUGCUGCAAAAUCGAUCUAAAAUUAACUGGUUUGUAAGAACGCCGUUGCAUGGGUACGAGGGAGUUGCUUGCUUCUUGUUAUGGGCUCCUGACAGGGGUCGAUGCCUUCCUAUAAUUUAGCUCGAUAUGCCAAAGAAUAAUUGAAAAUGCUGGUCUGAUUUAAUUUCUAUGCGACAUAAGAUUUCGAAACUAUCGCGCGAAGUAAAGAGGGAAGUGUACUUGUAGUAAGGUCUGAAAGGGAUUUCAAAAAAGACUUCAUUUAAGUGUCGGAGUAUUUAGCGCACAUCUGCUGUUUGGAGACUCGAUUUUUACGUCUUCUCUGGGAGACGGUCCGCGAGGUGGGCGAAGUCCUAGCCGAACUUAACCGUUUGCAAAUUGGAGAUGACGCAAUACCCUUUUCCUGAGUUACUUUCAAGACCCUGAAUAAUGGCACGGUCGUGGGAAUCGUGCUCGUGACCUCAGCUGGCUCUCUAGACCAGAGUUCUACCAACUCACUGAGCUAAGUAAACUCUACCACCAUAUAAAUCAAGUUGAAGUCGUCACCUGGAAGGACCUCAAAACUGGACUCCUCCUCAUCGGUAAUUCCCUGUUAACUGAUCCUGCAAGACAAAAUAAUCAAACUGAUUGUAACUUUUUCUUGCAAGUGUCCUAUGGAAUGAAUGGAUAGCCUAAGCGGAUAUUUUUCUCUUUUUAUUCAGCUAAAGAUUUAGGAUGUACUGAAUGUCUUAAUCCUAAUGAUCAUACCAAGCCUAUUCAACAGGUAAUAAACUCGCUCUUAUUAUGCUCAAUGUGUACAUACAAUGUAGAGCAGCUACUGUGAAAAUUCCCAUUCCAGAUACUUGUACCUUAACACUUUUUCUUUAUGAAAUGUUUAGAGAAACCCCUAAGAAACUGACCAUUUUUGUUAUUUCUCUUACCAACAGUUCUUUUUUAAUUCUUAUGGAAAACGUAAAAACUUUGUUUUCCCUUAAUAUAUGUAAGUAUAACCUUUGAUACUUUGAUGUUUAAUUCUCGCAGAUCUUAAAAGUAAUGACCGACGGUGGCCUGGACUACACAUUUGAAUGUAUUGGCCAUGCUGAAACGAUGGUGAGCGGGGUUUCUUUGUCCGAUUUGUUGUUCUCUUAAGUAUAACCUCCGAUCAGGUGUUCUUUUUUUCCCCUAGACUCCAGAGAACAGUUUCUUUCAAGUUUUGUGUUAUUCCCUUGAAUAUGUACACAUAAUUUACGAACAGUCAAAGAAAUUCUCCUCGGGCCUUGAUUGGCAAAACAAAGCAAAAUUAUCUUCUGUUAUUAUAUAUUAUCACUGAAGAUAGAAUUUGAGGCUUUGUAGAAUUAUGACGUCUAGCACUCUUGAACUGGGGAUAAAACGAGGUCGAUCGUAUGUAUAUCGUUUAUUUUACUAGCGAUACGUCAUUAUCAGUACAUAUUCGAGUCUUAUGUUUUGUCGCAGGAAGCAGCAUUUGAAUCUAGUCACCUGGCAUGGGGAACGACUGUGAUCAUUGGAAUAGGAACAAAACGUGAUCUGACAUUAAAUCCUUGGAAACUGCUGAGUGGGCGGACUGUGAAAGGUUCAAAAGUGGGAGGUUUGUUGAAUGCUUAAGAUAAAAAGUGGGCGCGACGUUUAGGAAAAAAGAACUCCUAUAUGUGGUAAAUGACCAUACUCUUUAGUCCAACCGUCAAGAUAACUUCCUUCUAUACAAGGUAGACUUCUACACAAUUUAAAUAAAGAUAUGAUCGUCGCUGUGGUAAUUGCAAUAUAAGCAAUUGCAAAUUAACCCGAAAAAAUUUCGGGACUUCAACGGGAUUCGAACCCAUGGCCCCUGCUUUAGUGCUGCAGUGCACUACCAACUGAGCUAUGAAGACCCAUGAUUAGGAGCAGGCCAAUUUGUUGAGUUCAUCCUAACUCGUGAAAGGAAUGAAACAUAGAAUGAAGAUAAUGUGAACUACGGAAAUACAAAUUUCAUUAAGAUAUGAUCGUCGCAGUGGUAUUGUAGUUCAGUAAGCAAUUGCAAAUUUACCCGUAAAAAUUUCGGAACGGGAUUCGAACCCAUGGCCCCCGUCUGUAUUAGCGAGCAGUGCUCUAAAUAAGUUUGAGAACAGAUUUUUUUUCCGAGGAACAACACUGAUCCGACUACGUGCUUAUCUUGAUCCUUGUGGAUUGCUUUUAUUUACAUCACUUUUCACCGACCUCGUUGCCUAAUUCAUUUCCGAAGAACAAAUGAGAUGCAUAUAUUUUUAGGGUCUGUAGCCAAGGAACUGUUUCCUAGAUUAUGCGAGGAAUACCUGGCUGGACGUUUGAAUCUGGAUAAACUCAUUACCCACAGAAUGUCUCUAGGUGAAAUAAAUAAAGCAUUUGAUGUCAUGCGUGCUGGGGAAAGGUAUGCAAAAUCAUCUGUUUACCAGUAUCUUAUGUUUUGGUAUAAACUCCUAGAAUGUUGAUCGUGAUAACUUAACUGACAGUGAAUUUUAAGUAUGGUAAAUACUUGAGGAAGAUGUUUUUCAGUCAUUGACAGUCCUAUUCGCAGCACUGGGAUUUUUUCUUCGGAGCCGCCUGUUUCACUGAGUGAGAAACAUCUUUCCCACUUAAUGGGCGUUGUUGACGAGGAUGUGUUCCUUUAAAGACGUCAAACCCAAAUGAAGAUAAAAAUUAUGUUUAUUAGUUCGCUGACAACUUCCUUUUCUUUUUUUACUGUAGCAUUCGAUCAGUCAUUCUCUUUGAGGUAUGUUGCUGUUGUUUUCUACCUUUCUCUCAAACGCUAGUUUCUAAAAGUAAUAAUUUUCCGCUCAAGCAGAUAAGCGAGAAGUGCGAGAGAGGCAUGACGGGGACGAGCCCAGAGCUUUCUUUAACUCAAAUGUCCCCGAAAAAAGUGAUAGCGAGAGACUGGGGACGAAGCAGCUUUCUCGUAGUCCAGUUCAAUUGGUGGAUGACGCCAUCCAUUGAAUAAAUAUCUAUCAAGUGGACAACGCAAUUGGCUCCCCUGAUAUUUAUCUGCUGGAUAUUAUUUAUCAGGUGGAUAGAGCCCUCCAACGUUUAACUGAACUGGAGCCUGAUUUUCAGUGUACGAAAAGAGGUUGGAAGAUGUAAGCCAAAGAAACGCCUCACAAUCAGCGAUCGGAUUCGGGAAGCUAUGCAAGGCUAGGACAUCUUAUAGGUUUUGACUUAAAGGCAGCUUAGACGAUACUUAGGAUAGUUAUACCUUAUUUAGAAGAGAAAGUGGAUCAAUUAGGUUUCUGGUCAACUGUCCACCUACCCCUCCCCUAAGCCAUCAUUUUGCCCAAAGUGAGAAGUAAGUGUUGAUGUAAUGUGUUAAUGCUUAGGGGAGGGGUAGAUGAGCAGUUUCCCAGCAACCUUUAUUGACCCGAUUGUACUUCAGGUCAACUUUGAGGUGAGCUAUCUUGGAGUCCGCUUUAUCGUACCCAGGCCUCAGCUUAAUCGACUUGUUCGGUGCGGCCUAUUUCCCUUUUUUAAACAGUCUUUGCCAUUUUUAACGGUCGGUGCUAUCAUUGGUAACAAAGCCUUUAGUCAUAAUAUAUGUGAUAUAUUCCCUAUUCCCUAUCGUAGCUAAACUUGCUUAACUCCGCUGACAGGUUUUUGAUCAUUUUAAACACUGAUACCCACUCCACAACAGCUAACCAGCAGCAGCUUCCGCGUCGUGAAUUUUUAAAUGCUUGGCUUAAUUUUUUAACUGACUAAAGCUACACAGAUAAUGAUUUUAUUUAUGUCUUGCAGUGAAAUUUUGGCAGUCAAGGUCCAGCCGAUUGAACUAGGAUAUCAUCGUACGCAUACAGGAGAAAAUUGUGCUCAGUCGAAAAUAAAAAGUGCUGAUAAUAUGAAUUUUCACCCUAUCACUUCACAGGGUCCUGAAAAAUACAGAGAGCAUAUUAUUUCCAGAAUUUGUUUUAAUUCAGUCUUACUUUAAAUAGUGAAUUACCUUCCAUUUUUAUCAUGAUGCGAUGAACUGCCGUGUGUGUGUAAUUACUACACCGGUCUAAAAAGUGUUCUCCUCAAUUGGAAACCUUAACCAAAUCAACAGACCGAGGAGGAGGGUUGAUCCCUCAAAUACCACUGACCAAGUUUGCUUCAGAGUCGGCAAGGACUUCCCACGGCACCGGCAUCGCUGGUCCUUAUUUUACGUCGGUUUACGCGUUAACCGACAGCGGGAGCAAGGAUAACGCAGUGGUGAGAGCACUCACCUCCCACCAAUGUGGCCCGGGUUCAAAUCCCCUUGUGGACGCCAUAUACGGGUCAUAUUGUGUAAUAGCUAUAUGUUAACAAAAGAAAACAUUAGAUCUUGGGUGUACUAGCAUCUAUUAGGUUAGUAGCUAUUUCAAAGUCCGUUGAAAAAUACUCUAUGUACUUAUUGACUGAGAGGGAACAGAGUUGGUUCCAGGGACAACAAUUAGCGUUAAGAAUCUGAAACCAAACGAAAAAGAUGCGUAACGUCGAACACGUCUAGGGAAAAAUCUCUAAAAAUUGCUAGGAUAAAAAAUUUUCGACCCUGAGAGUAAGCCUAAGGUACCCCUACCCCUAGCCCUAGGGUUAGGGUAGGGGUUAAUUCCAGGAAAAACAAUUGGCGCUGAGAAACUGAAACCAAAUACAAAAAAUGCACUGUCGUCAAAGAUUAGUGUGGAAAAAUCUUUAAAACGAGUUAGAUUAAAAAGGAUUUCAUCCUGGAAGUAAAACUAAGCUAACCCUAACCAUAACCAAACCCUAAGGAUAGGGUUAGCUUAGUUUUACCCUAAUCCUAACCCUAGGGUUUGGUUAGGGUUAGCUUAGUUUUACUUCAAAGAUCGAAAAUUUUUAUCCUGACGGGGUUUAAUGAUUUUCCUCUAGAAGUCUUCGACGAUACACAUCUUUAGCAUUUGCUGUCUGAUUCUGAACGUCAAUCUCUCCCAAGAGUUACCCGAACCAUAACCUUCGCCCUGGGGUUAGGGUUAGACUUAGAGUUUGCGUAGUUUUACUUCCAGGAUCGAAAAUUUUUUAUCCUAACAAGUUUAAAAGAAUUUUUCCUAGACGUCCUGGAAGUACGCAUCUUUUGCAUUUGGUUUCAGAUUCUCAACGCUAAUAAUUUUAACCUGAGUUAACCCCAACCCUAACCCAAUGGCUAGGCUAAGGGUUAGGGUUAGGUAUGGGGUUAACUCCUAAGAAAACGAUAAGCGUUGGGAAUCUAAAACCAAAAGCAAUAGAUGAGUAUCGUCAAAGACUUCUAGAGAAAAAUCUUAAAACUUGUGAGGAUGAAAAAUUUUUUGACGUGGAAGUGAUCUCAAGCUAACCCUAACCAUAAGCCUAAGCUUAACCCUAGGGUUAGGGCUGGGGUUAACUCCUGGGAAAAAGAUAAGCGUUGAGAAUCUGAAACCAAAUGCAAAAUAUUAGUAUCGUCGUAGACGUUCAGGGAAAAGACUUUAAAAGUUCCGUACAGGAAAAAAUAGUUAUCCUGGAAGCGACCCCAAGCUAACCCUAACCCUAACCCUAAGCUUAACCCUAGGGUUAGGGUUGGGGUUAACUCCUGGGAAAACGAUAAGCGUUGAGAAUCUGAAACCAAAUGCAAAAGAUUAGUAUCGUCGUAGACGUUCAGGGAAAAGUCUUUAAAAUUUGUGUAGACGAAAAAUUUUUUAUCCUAAAAGUGACCCCAAGCUAACCCUAACCCUAACCCUAAGCUUAACCCUAGGGUUAGGGUUGGGGUUAACUCCUGGGAAAACGAUAAGCGUUGAGAAUCUGAAACCAAAUGCAAAAGAUUAGUAUCGUCGUUGACGUUCCGGGAAAAGACUUUAAAAGUUCCGUACAGGAAAAAGUAGUUAUCCUGGAAGCGACCCCAAGCUAACCCUAACACUAACCCUAAGCUUAACCCUAGGGUUAGGGUUGGGGUUAACUCCUGGGAUAACGAUAAGCGUGGAGAAUCUGAAACCAAAUGCAAAAGAUUAGUGUCGUCGUAGACGUUCAGGAAAAAAUCUUUAAAACUGGGGCAGACGAAAAAAUAUUUUUUCUGGAAGUGACCCCAAGCUAACUCUAACCCUAACCCUAACCCGAACGUUCAGGGAAAAAUCUUUAAAACUUGUGUAGAAGAAAACAAUAUUAUCGUGGAAGUGACCCCAACCUGAUCUUCAACGCUUAUCGUUUUCCCCGGAGUUAACCCCAAAACUAACCCUAGGGUUAAGCUUAACCCUAGGGUUAGGGUUGGGGUUAACUCCUGGGAAAACGGUAAGCGUUGAGAAUCUGAAACCGAAUGCAAAAGAUUAGUAUCGUCGUAGACGUUCAGGGAAUAAUCUUUAAAACUUGUGUAGACGAAAAAAUUUAUAUUUCCUAAAAGUGACCCUAAGCUAACCCUAACCCAAACCCUAAGCUUAGCCCUAGGGUUAGGGUUGGGGUUAACUCCUGGGAAAACGAUAAGCGUUGAGAAUCUGAAACAAAAUGCAAAAGAUUAGUAUCGUCGUAGACGUUCAGGGAAAAGUCUUUAAAACUUGUGUAGAGGAAAACAUUUUUUAACCUAAAAGUGACCCCAGGCUAACGCUAACCCUAACCCUAAGCUUAACCCUAGGGUUAGGGUUGGGGUUAACUCCUCGGAAAACGAUAAGCGUUGAGAAUCUGAAACCAAAUGCAAAAGAUUAGUAUCGUCGUAGACGUUCAGGGAAAAGUCUUUAAACCUUGUGUAGACGAAAAAUUUUUUAUCCUAGAAGUGACCCUAAGCUAACCCUAACCCUAACCCUAAGCUUAUCCUUAGGGUUAGGGUUGGGGUUAACUCCUGGGAAAACGGUAAGCGUUGAGAAUCUGAAACCAAAUGCAAAAGAUUAGUAUCGUCGUAGACGUUCCGGGAAAAGACUUUAAAAGUUCCGUACAGGAAAAAAUAGUUAUCCUGGAAGCGACCCCAAGCUAACCCUAACCCUAAGCUUAACCCUAGGGUUAGGGUUGAGGUUAACUCCUGGGAAAACGGUAAGCGUUGAGCAUCUGAAACCGAACCCAAAAGAUUAGUAUCGUCGUAGACGUUCAGGGAAUAAUCUUUAAAACUUGUGUAGACGAAAAAAUUUUUAUUUCCUAAAAGUGACCCUAAGCUAACCCUAACCCAAACCCUAAGCUUAGCCCUAGGGUUAGGGUUGGGGUUAACUCCUGGGAAAACGGUAAGCGUUGAGAAUCUGAAACCAAAUGCAAAAGAUUAGUAUCGUCGUAGACGUUCAGGGAAAAGUCUUUAAAACUUGUGUAGACGAAAAAUUUUUUAUCCUAAAAGUGACCCCAAGCUAACCCUAACCCUAACCCUAAGCUUAACCCUAGGGUUAGGGUUGGGGUUAACUCCUGGGAAAACGAUAAGCGUUGAGAAUGUGAAACCAAAUGCAAAAGAUUAGUAUCGUCGUAGACGUUCAGGGAAAAGUCUUUAAAACUUGAGUAGACGAAAAAUUUUUUAUCCUAAAAGUGACCCCAAGCUAACCCUAACCCUAACCCUAAGCUUAACCCUAGGGUUAAGGUUGGGGUUAACUCCUAGGAAAAGGAUAAGCGUUGAGAAUGUGAAACCAAAUGCAAAAGAUUAGUAUCGUCGUAGACGUUCAGGGAAAAAUCUUUAAAAGUUCCGUACAGGAAAAAAUGGUUAUCCUGGAAGGGACCCCAAGCUAACCCUAACACUAACCCUAAGCUUAACCCUAGGGUUAGGGUUGGGGUUAACUCCUGGGAAAACGAUAAGCGUUGAGAAUCUGAAACCAAAUGCAAAAGAUUAGUGUCGUCGUAGACGUUCAGGGAAAAGUCUUUAAAACUUGUGUAGACAAAAAAUUUUUUAUCCUAAAAGUGACCCCGAGCUAACCCUAACCGUAACCGUAAGCUUAACCCUAGGGUUAGGGUUGGGGUUAACUCCUGGGAAAACGAUAAGCGUUGAGAAUCUGAAACCAAAUGCAAAAGAUUAGUAUCGUCGUAGAGGUUCCGGGAAAAGACUUUAAAAGUUCCGUACAGGAAAAAACUUUUUAUCCUAAAAGCGACCCCAAGCUAACCCUAACACUAACCCUAAGCUUAACCCUAGGGUUAGGGUUGGGGUUAACUCCUGGGAAAACGAUAAGCGUUGAGAAUCUGAAAUCAAAUGCAAAAGAUUAGUGUCGUCGUAGACGUUCAGGGAAAAGUCUUUAAAACUUGUGUAACCAAAAAACUUUUUAUCCUAAAAGUGACCCCAAGCUAACCCCAACCCUAACCCUAAGCUUAACCCUAGGGUUAGGGUUGGGGUUAACUCCUGGGAAAACGAUAAGUGUUGAGAAUCUGAAACCAAAUGGAAAAGAUUAGUAUCGUCGUAGACGUUCAGGGAAAAGUCUUUAAAACUUGUGUAGACGAAAAAUUUUUUAUCGUAAAAGUGACCCCAAGCUAACCCUAACCCUAACCCUAAGCUUAACCCUAGGGUUAGGGUUGAGGUUAACUCCUGGGAAAACGGUAAGCGUUGAGCAUCUGAAACCGAAUCCAAAAGAUUAGUAUCGUCGUAGACGUUCAGGGAAUAAUCUUUAAAACUUGUGUAGACGAAAAAAUUUUUAUUUCCUAAAAGUGACCCUAAGCUAACCCUAACCCAAACCCUAAGCUUAGCCCUAGGGUUAGGGUUGGGGUUAACUCCUGGGAAAACGGUAAGCGUUGAGAAUCUGAAACCAAAUGCAAAAGAUUAGUAUCGUCGUAGACGUUCAGGGAAAAGUCUUUAAAACUUGUGUAGAGGAAAAAAUUGUUUAUCCUAAAAGUGACCCCAGGCUUACCCUAACCCUAACCCUAAGCUUAACCCUAGGGUUAGGGUUGGGGUUAACUCCUGGGAAAACGAUAAGUGUUGAGAAUGUGAAACCAAAUGGAAAAGAUUAGUAUCGUCGUAGACGUUCAGGGAAAAGUGUUUAAAACUUGUGUAGAGAAAAAAUUUUUUAUCCUAAAAGUGACCCCAAGCUAACCCCAACCCUAACCUUAAGCUUAACCCUAGGGUUAGGGUUGGGGUUAACUCCUGGAAAAACGAUAAGCGUUGAGAAUCUGAAACCAAAUGCAAAAGAUUAGUAUCGUCGUAGACGUUCAGGGAAAAGUCUUUUAAACUUGUGUAGACGAAAAAUUUUUUAUCCUAAAUGUGACCCUAAGGUAACCCUAACCCUAACCCUAAGCUUAACCCUAGGGUUAGGGUUGGGGUUAACUCCAAGGAAAACGGUAAGCGUUGAGAAUCUGAAACCAAAUGCAAAAGAUUAGUAUCGUCGUAGACGUUCCGGGAAAAGACUUUAAAAGUUCCGUACAGGAAAAAAUGGUUAUCCUGGAAGGGACCCCAAGCUAACCCUAACACUAACCCUAAGCUUAACCCUAGGGUUAGGGUUGGGGUUAACUCCUGGGAAAACGAUAAGCGUUGAGAAUCUGAAACCAAAUGCAAAAGAUUAGUGUCGUCGUAGACGUUCAGGGAAAAGUCUUUAAAACUUGUGUAGACAAAAAAUUUUUUAUCCUAAAAGUGACCCCGAGCUAACCCUAACCGUAACCGUAAGCUUAACCCUAGGGUUAGGGUUGGGGUUGACUCCUGGGAAAACGAUAAGCGUUGAGAAUCUGAAACCAAAUGGAAAAGAUUAGUAUCGUCGUAGACGUUCAGAGAAUAGUCUUUAAAACUUGGGUAGAGGAAAAAUUUUUUAUCCUAAAAGUGACCCCAAGCUAACCCGACCCUAACCCUAAGCUUAACCCUACUGUUUGGGUUGGGGUUAACUCCUGGGAAAACGAUAAGCGUUGAGAAUCUGAAUCCAAAUGCAAAAGAUUAGUAUCGUCGUAGACGUUCCGGGAAAAGACUUUAAAAGUUCCGUACAGGAAAAAGUAGUUAUCCUGGAAGCGACCCCAAGCUAACCCUAACACUAACCCUAAGCUUAACCCUAGGGUUAGGGUUGGGGUUAACUCCUGGGAUAACGAUAAGCGUGGAGAAUCUGAAACCAAAUGCAAAAGAUUAGUGUCGUCGUAGACGUUCAGGAAAAAAUCUUUAAAACUGGGGCAGACGAAAAAAUAUUUUUUCUGGAAGUGACCCCAAGCUAACUCUAACCCUAACCCUAACCCGAACGUUCAGGGAAAAAUCUUUAAAACUUGUGUAGAAGAAAACAAUAUUAUCGUGGAAGUGACCCCAACCUGAUCUUCAACGCUUAUCGUUUUCCCCGGAGUUAACCCCAAAACUAACCCUAGGGUUAAGCUUAGGGUUAGCUUAGAUCACUUGCAGAAUAAAUAUUUUUUCGUCUACCCAAGUGUUAAAGAUUUUUCCCUGAACGUCUACGACGAUACUAAUCUUUUGCAUUUGGUUUCAGAUUGUUAACGCUUAUCGUUUGCCCAGGAGUUAACCCCAACCCUAACCCUAGGGUUAAUCUUAGGGUUACGGUUAGGGCUAGCUUGGAGUCACUUCCAGGAUAAAAAAUUUUAUAUCUACAAAAGUUUAAAAGACUUUUUCCUGCUCAGCUUCGACCAAUCCCAUGUUUUGCAUUUGGUUUCAGAUUCUCAACCCUUAUUGUUUUUUGAAGAGUUAACCCCAACCCUAAUCCUAGGGUUAAGCUUAGGGUUAAGCUUUGGUUAAGGGUUGGGGUUAGCUUGGGGUCACUUCCAGGAUAAGUAUUUCUUCGUCUACGGAAGUUUUAAAGAUUUUUCCCUGAACGUCUACGACGAUACUAAUCUUUUGCAUUUGGUUUCAGAUUGUCCACGCUUAUUGUUUUGGCAGGUUUUAACCACAAACCUAACCCUAGGGUUAAGCUUAGGAUUAGGUUUAGGGUUAGCUUGGCGUCACUUCCAAAAUAAAUAACUCCUGCGAAAACGAUAAGCGUUGAGAAUCUGAAACCAAAUGCAAAACAUGAGUAUUGUCGUAGACGUCCUGGGAAAAAUCUUUAAAACUUUUGCUAGAUGAAAAAAGUUUUAUCCUGGAAGUGACUUCAAGCUAACCCUAGCCCUAACCCUAAGCUUAACCCUAGGUUUAGGGUUGGGGUUAUUUCCAGGGAAAACGAUUGGCGUUGUGAAUCUGAAACCAAAUGCAAACUAUGCGUAUGGUCGAACAAUUGCAGGAAAAAUUCGUUAAAAAUUUGUUGUAUUUGUACUUUUUUGUAGACAUAUUGAUUUAAAAUAUAUCAGAAAGGCCAGAAACUUUCUAUUAAUAAUACUUUAUUCUAAAGACAUUGUCUUAAAUGAAUGUGCAAGUAUUACAAAAUUACAAAAAAAAAAUUAAAUUUUUGUCGUGUCAAAAACAUCGCUCUUUUCAUUUUCGCUUAAUUUCAAAAGUUUAGAAGGAUGGUAUAAAUGGUAUGUGGAUUGUUUGCGGAAAAUAUAUGUAAAAGUAUACUGAAUGUAUGUUAUGAAAAUUGUCUGCCGAAGGUAUACAGAAUUGUGACAUCGCGUAUACAAUUUUCACCUACCCUAGAGUGUUAUGCAUUCGUUAGCGUCUCUCGCUGCUUGGCCCUACAGUAUCGUGCUUGACUGACAGGAAUUUUCUGAAUCAUUUUCUGUAUCCAUAUUUAAAAUCAAUAUUCGGCUGUGGCCAAUAACGCGGUUGAAAAGUUUACCUUUGUUACUUUUAGUCUGCAUUCAGCGAGAUAGAGGAAUUCCAAUCGCAACCUCUGACAAAAGAUUUUCGCAACCUUUCCAGAGUCAUCAACAUGCCAACUAUCAAAAUGCAUCAACUACAAUUCAAAAUCCAGGAUGUUGUCGAGUACGAGAGGGGGCAUCAGUCGGAUUUAAAAAGCGGACAUCACUCAAAAUUUGGAACAAUUGUGAUAUAA